AUGGCAGAACAACUGAACAUGAGCGGAUUGAACAUCAACUCGGGUGAUGCUCGCGGUGCCAGCUCGUACAUCCCUCCCCACAUGCGUGGAAAGGUUGGCGGUCCUGGUCCUGGUGGCCCUCCUGCCGGUGGUCCUCCCAUUAACCCUGGUAUUAAUGGCAGCGCUUGGGCUGGUCCAAGUGGCAGAGGCGGUCCUCCCCCCGGUGGAAACUGGGCUGGGGCUCCCGAGUUCACUCCUGGUGCUGGAGGCCCUCCCCCAGCUGGACGUGGCGGCGGUGGAUGGGACAACUACUCUGAGCCAAAGCACUUCAACCGAAAUGGAUACGGAAACCCAGGCGCUGGUGGUGCGUCGGGCGGUGGCGGCUCUGCUCCUCCUCGUGGCGGCGGUGACGGACAAUGGCGCGACGGAAAGCACAUUGCUGGACCCGUGAACCUCCGUCUCGAGCGUGAGCUUUUUGGUAUUGCAGAUGACCCUUCCAAGCAACAGACCGGUAUCAACUUUGAGAAGUACGAUGACAUCCCAGUCGAGGCUUCUGGUUCCGAUGUCCCAGAGCCUGUCUUGAGAUUUACCAACCCUCCUCUCGACGACCAUCUGAUUCGGAACAUCGAGUUGGCUCAUUACAAGGUCCCGACCCCAGUCCAGAAGUACUCGAUCCCUAUCGUCAUGGGUGGUCGUGACCUCAUGGCUUGCGCCCAGACCGGUUCAGGAAAGACUGGUGGAUUCUUGUUCCCAAUCUUGUCCCAAGCCUUUCUUACAGGUCCUUCAGCAGUUCCUGCUGGAGCCAGCAACAACUUCCGCCAACGCAAGGCCUACCCCACCUCCUUGAUCCUGGCCCCUACCCGUGAGCUUGUCUCCCAGAUCUUCGACGAGUCUCGCAAGUUCGCUUACCGUUCCUGGGUUCGUCCUUGCGUUGUGUACGGUGGUGCCGAUAUUGGAUCCCAACUUCGUGCCAUGGAGCGUGACCAAAAAUGCUGUGAUCUUUUGGUCGCCACUCCUGGUCGUCUCGUGGACUUGAUUGAACGUGGUCGCAUCUCCCUGUGCAACAUCAAGUAUCUGGUUCUCGAUGAGGCUGAUCGUAUGUUGGACAUGGGUUUCGAGCCUCAAAUCCGCCGUAUUGUGGAGGGUGAAGAUAUGCCAGGUGUCCAAAACCGUCAAACACUUAUGUUCUCUGCCACCUUCCCCCGCGAUAUCCAGAUGUUGGCCCGUGAUUUCCUGAAGGACUACGUCUUCUUGUCUGUUGGACGUGUUGGUUCUACUUCUGAGAACAUCACACAAAAAGUCGAGUACGUUGAGGAUCCGGAUAAGCGAUCUGUCUUGCUCGACAUUCUCCACACCCAUGGUGCUGGACUUACCUUAAUCUUCGUUGAGACAAAGCGUAUGGCCGACUCGCUCUCCGACUUCUUGAUCAAUCAGAACUUCCCAGCAACCUCGAUUCACGGUGACCGUACUCAACGUGAGCGUGAGCGUGCACUGGAGAUGUUCCGUAACGGCCGCUGCCCAAUCUUGGUUGCUACCGCUGUCGCUGCUCGUGGUCUGGAUAUCCCUAACGUGACCCAUGUCGUCAACUACGAUCUUCCUACUGACAUCGAUGACUAUGUCCAUCGUAUUGGUCGUACUGGACGUGCCGGAAAUACAGGAAUCUCUACCGCUUUCUUCAACCGUGGUAAUCGUGGUGUCGUUCGUGACCUGAUUGAGCUUCUCAAGGAGGCCAACCAGGAAGUCCCCGCUUUCCUCGAGAACAUUGCUCGUGAGAGCUCGUUUGGUGGCGGCGGUGGCCGUGGCGGACGCUCCGGAGGUGGACGUGGUCGUGGCGGCGGAGCCAACCGCGAUUUCCGCAAAUUUGGUGGUGGAGGUGGCGGUCCAUCUUACGGCGGUGGUGGUGGAUACGGCGGUAAUUCUUCGUACGGGGGUGGUGGAGGCGGUUCUGGCUAUGGUGGUCCUCCCCCAGCUCCUUACGGUGGAGGUGGUAAUCCUGCUUACAAUGGUGGUGGAGGUGGUGGAUCAGGCGGAUACGGUGGCGGCUCCUACGGAAACCCAUCCGGAGGUGGCGGCGGCCAAUCCUGGUGGUAA